AUGGAAGAAAAUGAUCACGGCAACAGAGACGUGGUGGAGCGGCAGGAGUCGGCGGAUGAAUCAAACAGAGCCAUCCUUCCCCUCCUACAGGCGCCGGGGAACCUGCAGAUCCCUCACCGGGUCACCAAUUUCUUCAUCGACAACAUUCUGCGGCCGGAUUUCGGACGGAAAAAGGACGGAGGCGCAAACCGCGAAGAGAGUAGCCUGGCAUCGCGGGAGAGCCAGAGCAGCCCCGACGCCCCUCAGACCGAGCCAGUGGGGAACACGGUGCCGGCGGAGGGGACCUCCACUCCACACACGGUUACCGGGAACAAGAAGCCCGCUAUAGCCGCCGAGGAGCCCCUGAAACCCCGCGGGGAGAGCGGAGACCAGUGCCUAAGCUCAGACUCAGACAGUUCCCAAGCCAGCUCAAACCCAGCCCAGUCUCAGUCCAUGCUGUGGCCAGCCUGGGUCUACUGCACCAGAUACUCGGACAGGCCUUCUUCAGGGCCAAGAUCUCGCAAACCAAAGAAGAAAACAACCAGCAAAGAGGACAAGCGACCACGGACGGCCUUCACAGCAGAACAGCUGCAAAGACUAAAAUCGGAGUUUCAGACAAAUCGGUAUCUGACCGAGCAGAGGCGGCAGAACCUGGCGCAGGAGCUGGGCCUGAACGAGUCCCAGAUCAAGAUCUGGUUUCAGAACAAGAGGGCCAAAAUCAAGAAGGCGAACGGCGCUAAAAACUCUCUGGCCUUGCACCUGAUGGCACAGGGACUGUACAAUCACGCCACCGUCACGUCGAAAGACGAAAAAUCAGACAGCGAUUGAUUUCCAGAGAAGUCACAGCAGCCUCCUGACGAAAAAGACCCUACAGUAAUCCUAUGAUAGAUUUUUAUAGAGAUAUCACUGCAAAACUCUACCUACAGGAAUAUUUAAAGAUACCACAGCAGAUAAAAGUUCUAUUUCUAUCACUAUAAUGCUGAAUCACCACAUUUACACUACAGAAAAUAACAAAUAAGGUCAUUGGACUAAGAGUCCCUACAGGAAUAUUUAAUGAUACCAUGGUCUCUAUUGGUUCCUAUAGGAGUAUUAUAGCGAUUUUUCGUUAUAUUGGAGGUUUUGUCAAGCCUACAAUGCAAUACUUUCAUCGAAUAAAGGGCCAGUGGAGUAUACCAGCAUAAAUUGUUAAAAAAAAGAGAUAUUUCUGCAAUAUCACGUCUAUAAAAGAUGUUGUA